AUGAAGCUCCUAUCCUUUGUUCCGCUCAUAGCCGCAUCGACCUCCACAAAAGUUUAUGACAGCAAGACUAUCGUAUCGGUCACCUCCGCCGAUGCUUUCGUCGACGUCCGGGAUGUCCCAAAGCGUCUCGAAGAUGCCAAGGUCGCGCUCAAGCCUGAAAUGGCCGCCUUCCUGAAGACGGCAACUAUCAAGACUUUGAAGUCCUCGGGCUUGCAGGUGGUUGCUACUUCCGAGGACACAGUGAGCUCCGACGAUCUUUGUGCCUACUUGAAGGACGCGGCCUCCAAACUCUCCGGUCUGGACUGUGAAUGCUCUCCCAAUUUCGCCACCAAGGAAGAGGACACCAGUAACGAUCUCGGCGUGAAUGACCCGAAUGCUUCGUGGCAAAGAGCAUUCAAGCGGAUGAACAUGGAAGAUGUAUGGAGAGUGUCAGCGCCCUAUGUGAGACAGACCGUCAACGUAGCCGUUAUGGACAGCGGCCUCAACUUCAGCGAUCCUGAGAUCGCUCCUUAUCGGGGUACCUUUCGUAAGAAAAGCGGCGGGUUUAUCCGAGGUGGCUGGAACUUCGUGGACGACUCCUCAAACAUAACAUCGGUUAAUCAGCAUGGUCAGAGGUGUGCCAGACUCAUCGCGGCCAGGAAGAACAAUAGCAACGAUAUGGCCGGAAUGUCGUCCAACGUACGUUUGGUGUCGUUAAAAACCCAGCGACCUGAUGGUACUGGUAGCUGGGUACAUAUGGCUGAAGCCAUGGACAUGGCCGUCGAUAUUGGAGUCGAUGUCGUAUCAAUCUCACUGGGAGAAUUCAUAUCAAAGAGCUACGGCGACAUGGUGCUGGGCAAGGCCUUCAAAGCAGCAACUGACCAGAACAUCAUUGUCGUCGCCUCCGCUGGUAACGAUGGACUGCGAGCUGACGAAUACUAUCCCUGCUCACUGCCAGGCGUGAUCUGUGUGGGUGCUCUCAGGAACCAGGACACUCUUGAAAUGGCUGAUUUCAGCAACUACGGUGAUAACGUCGACAUAGCUGCCUACGGCUCUGGAAUCUACACCGGUGCUAACAGAUUAUCCUCGGGCACAUCCUUCGCCUGUCCUAUUGUCGCUGGAGCAGCCGCGAUCUUGCUUUCUAUGGGCGUUAAGCCAAAGUACGUUGCUGACAUGCUCACCCACAACGUUGAUCGGUUCAGUAGCCCUUCGAGGCCCAUCGAGGCGCAUGCUGGAGCUUUGAACCCGCUCGAAGUUGUCAAGUUGGCGAUUGAUUAUCCUAUUUUGAGAGGAACCCGCUGA